AUGGCACUAUAUAAUUUUAAGAAAAUUACGGUUGUUCCAACCGCAAAGGAUUUUAUUGAUAUAAUCUUAUCAAAGACACAACGUAAAACACCAACAGUUAUUCACAGACAUUAUAAGAUCACAAGAAUACGUGCAUUUUACACACGGAAAGUAAAGUUUACUCAACAAAACUUUCAUGAUAAAUUGUCUCAUAUAAUACAAGAAUUUCCCAAGUUGGAUGAUGUUCAUCCAUUUUAUGCUGACUUGAUGAAUGUAUUGUAUGAUAAAGAUCAUUAUAAGUUGGCUCUUGGACAAAUAAAUACUGCCAGACAUUUAAUUGAUAAUGUAGCUAAAGAUUAUGUUCGACUGCUGAAGUAUGGAGACUCUCUAUAUCGAUGCAAACAAUUAAAAAAAGCUGCAUUGGGUCGUAUGGCCACUAUUAUGAAGAGACAAGCAGCCAACUUGACAUACUUGGAACAAGUUCGUCAGCAUUUAUCUAGAUUGCCAAGUAUAGACCCCUAUACACGUACAAUAAUUAUAUGCGGAUUCCCAAAUGUUGGCAAAAGCAGUUUUAUUAAUAAAAUUACUCGGGCUGAUGUGGAAGUACAACCGUAUGCCUUCACAACAAAAUCUUUGUAUGUAGGGCAUACUGAUUACAAAUAUUUGAGGUGGCAGGUGAUAGAUACACCUGGAAUAUUAGACCAUCCAUUAGAAGAGAGAAAUGUUAUAGAAAUGCAAGCGGUAACAGCUCUUGCUCACUUACGAGCUGCUGUGUUGUAUUUCUAUGAUUUGUCAGAACAAUGUGGUUAUUCUCUAGAAGAACAGGUCAAGUUAUUUGAGUCCAUAAAGCCUUUGUUCACAAAUAAACCUCUAAUAAUUGUCAUGAAUAAAAUGGAUAUCAUACGUUUGGAAGAAUUAUCUCUAGAAAAGAGGAAUAUUUUGAAACCACUUGAAAAUGACAAGAAUAUUCCAGUAUUGGAAAUGAGCACCAUCACAGAUUUUGGUGUGAUGGAAGUAAAGACAGAGGCUUGUGAACAGCUUUUAGCCUAUAGAGUCGAUCAAAAGAUCAAGACUAAAAAGGUAGAUGGACUCUUAAAUAGAUUACAUGUCGCUCAACCAAUGAAGAGAGACGACAAAGUUCGCGCUCCAUGUAUACCAGAAAGUGUACUGGAGAAGAGGCGAGCUAUUGCAGAAAAAGCCCAAAGAAAACGCAAGCUGGAAAGAGAAAUUGAAGAAGAGAUGGGAGAUGAUUAUAUUCUGGACCUAAAGAAAAAUUAUGACAUCGAAGGCGAUCAAAAGUAUGACAUUAUUCCAGAAAUAUGGGAAGGUCAUAAUAUCGCGGAUUACAUUGAUCCAGAAAUUUUCGAGAAAUUGAAUCAACUAGAAAAAGAAGAGCAGUUGAGAGAAGAGGCCGGGAUGUAUGAUUAUAAGAUACCUGAACUGACGGAGACAAUGCGCGAGAUCCAACAGCUUGCGAGACAAAUUCGGGAGAAAAAGGCAAUUAUGAAAGAUGAGGCACGCAUAUUGAAAGCCUCCACGAAGCCUGUGAUGCCACGUACAGCCGCAUCCAAGGUUCGCGACCGGUCAGUUUCCAAGCUCAAAGAUCAGAUGGAGGAGUUGGGCGUGGACAUAGAAGACACUGAAAACGCACAUUUCAAACGAACGAGAGUACGGUCUAGGUCGGUCUCGACAACUGCUAGGAAACGCAUGCGUUUCGAAUCAGCAUCACAAUCGCGCGCCCGUAGUAGCUCGAAACCAGCACGAGAUGAGAUGGGUGUUAAAGAUCAGGCGAUGAAAUCGAAAUUAACAAAGAUUGGGCAAAAAGCACAGAAGAAGAAGAUCGCUAAAAAAGGUCUUAAGGGUGAAGGCGACCGAUUCAUCGGCACGAAGAUGCCGAAACAUCUAUUUUCAGGCAAAAGAAAACUUGGCAAAACCAACAGAAGAUAAAUUUUCUUUUGCUUACUAUAAAAUGUAUAAGAUAUAUUGGAUGUAUUAUAAUGUUCUCAUUGUACUGUCAGUUUUAUUAUAUAUUUAUGGUGUGUCAUUUUAUCAUUUGAUAUUUU